CAUUAAUGUAUACCAUAAACAAUUCAGUUUCACCUAUAAUAACAUUAUCAAAUUACAUAGGGAUUAGCAUGGAAGUGUGCAAGACUAGAAACUACUAAAAUAUUUCCAUGUGAAAUUUAAAAAAAAAAAACUUCUUGGUCAUUAAAGCUCUUACCAACUUUGUAGAACAAUUAUCUCAAACCUAAUAACUUCAGUGUUUAGUACUGCUCCGUGGAUAAUAUAUUUGUUUAGUACCUACGAUUUCUACUUUCAUUGCUUUGUUCCCUUGUCCUGGAGUUUCUUAUCACUUUAUCAAUGCCAAAUGUUUUGCUAGUCAGAUCAGACCAAUCAAUUCAACCAAUUAUUAGAAACCAGAGGUAAACCUAGUCUGGUUUAACCAGUAGAGACAUUCUGAUCGAAUCAAACUAUAUACUAGAACAAUAUAUUAGAAUGAAUAUACAAUAGUUUUUUGCUUGGCUGUUUUCAACAAAACUAGCUUCAUCUUUUUUCUCAAACAAGACAUCCUACUUUACCUAAAACUAGUCAGGUCGAUCUCAAGUCUCAACCUCUGGCUCAGUUGGGUUUGAAACCUCCAUUCUAACCUACCUUCCAACCUCAAGUGGAAAAUGUCUAUUGUCCCUGUGCAAAGAUAGCUAUGUUCAACUUUACUUCGGUGAAAAAAUGUAGAACUAUAUAAUUAUAUAAUACAUGUGCUAUUAAAUUACAGUGGAUGAGGCUACCAAGUGUAGAUGUUAUAAGGGUCCUCAAAGAAUUAGUUGUUAAGCCUAAUGGCCAACCAAAAUCCUAAAAGAUUUCUACAAUCAUUCUUUGAUUUCACAGAGAGAGAGUCUUCCCUUAACUCAGGCUCUCUCAAGAUCAAGAGCCUCUUCAAGGGUUGCGUCUUUCGGUAUGCCAGUCAUCUGAUACACGCCCUUUCUAAGAAGAAGUGGAGGCGGCAAAAGAAGGAGCAACAGUUCGAGUUGCUAAAUCUGCAACUGAACUGGUCACCCCCAAAUGUCAUCAGUCCCAUCCCCGAGCUUCCUGUCUUUGAGAUGUCGCUUGCAGGACACCUCGAAUGGGUUGAGGACGAUUUGGAGGCUCUAGGGGAGGAGGAUGGAGAGAAUGAGAUCGACCAGCUUGCAGAGAAGUUUAUCGCUAGCUGCCAUGAGAAGUUUAGGCUGGAGAAGGAGGAAUCUUAUAGGAGGUACCAAGAGAUGCUGGAAAGAAGCACAUGAGGAAGUUAAAUAUUGUUCUUGUUAUGUUCCUGUUCAUAGCUAAGGUUCAAAUGGAGAUCAGAUGCUUGGGUUGCAAGACCAAUUGUAGAGGUGAAUAAUGUCAUCUCUGCAGGUAUUAUUGCCUCAUCUUUGCUCAAAAAAUGAAUACCGAAUUUUAUGCAA